GGAUGACUCCCGAGUUGUGAUGAUAACCCACCUUCGGGCGGGCUCAUGUAGCAUAUCCACACCAAGCAAUUUCAUUCUCUCCAUCUACUCAGUACUAGAGGCUUGCUGUUGCCUGGUGUACAGCUUCCCUCCUACUACGCGUUCGGGUCUGCACGUCAUCAGGGCUUCAACGCAGAAGUACCGUCAUGUCGAACAACCCUCCGACUGCUAUCUCUGCAACAAAGGCUGGUGGUAAUAGCGUGCCGCAGCUCUCGCCUUUGCAGUCACAGCCCACUUCCUCUUCGACUGGUGACGGCGUUGGUCAAAGACGUAGCGGAGGUACUGGCAGUUUUGGAGCAGGUGCUUCGUCGCGAUUGUCGCCGUCCCCACGAAACGCCCAGGCUACUCGGAAGCAACAUAAGACCUCAAAGCGGUCUCGGCUCGUUGAUGACGAUGCCAUCGUGCAAUCUGCCGCUAUGCGCUCUACAAACAGUCGAAAGGGACAGACGUCCAUUACCCAUCUCAUGAACUUCUCGCUUCCUCCUCGACCACAAUCACAUCACUCAUACGGCAGUCAUCCACAUGUACGACGCACCACGAGGUGGGGCCUGGGGUCUGGUUAUCACGCGGUCGACAAAGCGAGAUAUAUACAUGCCAAUUACCGUUUCAUUGUUGAUCCUCGUGGCGAUUACCAUACACAGAGCAUGGAUGCUGACGUCCACCUUGAUUGGAACAAUGUAUUACAAGUCCUGGCUUCAGCCCAAUCCCAGGCAGCCUCAUGCCCCAUUUGCCUAGGAGUUCCGGUCGCUCCCCGAAUGGCCAAAUGUGGCCACAUCUUCUGUCUUCCUUGUCUUCUCCGCUACAUGCAUUCCGAGGAUGGCACUCCCGCGGCCGAGAAAAGAGCAAGGUGGAAAAAGUGUCCUAUAUGUGAAGACAGCAUCUACGUUAACGAAACACGUCCGGUGCGAUGGUACUAUGGCCAAGAAGCCGGUCAUCUCCAAGAGGGGAGUGAUGUGGUACUCCGCCUAGUCACGCGUGCCACUGGCAGUACACUGGCUCUGCCGCGCGAUGGUGCAGACGCCCUUGGGAAAGACGAGGACGUUCCAUGGUACGUGGCCGCUGAAGUUAUGGACUACGCCAGAAUAAUCAAAGGUAGCGAAUCCUACAUCAGUUCACAGUAUGACAGUGACAUACAAGAGCUGGAGAAGCAGGAAAAAGAAGAUGAAGUGAUGUUUGGCGAGGACAAUGUUGAGUGGAUGCGGAAAGCCAUUCGCAUGCUACGGGAAUCGAAGGAAAAGCAUGAGGGUAUUGGCAAUCCUCCAAAUUUAGCGAAGCCGGCCGAGCCCAAGUCGAGGAAGCCACCUAUCGUAUAUCAUCAAUCUGAAGGGCCUGAGAUGUAUCACCUUCAGACAUCCGAAACUCGCGGUCAGACCUCAGCGGAGCAAACAGCGGCAACAGAGGCAAAAUCGAUAAUAUCGACGGAUGCCAGUCCAGACUCGGACUCCACUCCGACAGGCCCAAAAGCAUUGAAUAUUCAUCCUUCAGCCAAGCCGAGCAACAUAUCUCGCCUCCACCAACAGCACAGUUCCAACCAAACACCUUCUGAAUACUUCUUCUACCAUGCCCUCUUACAUUACUACCUAUCACCUCUUGAUAUUCGAAUCCUCAAGUCGGCGUUUGGGUCGUUUUCUUCCUUCCCCUCCACAAUCCUUCCCCGAAUAGAGCACAUAUCAACUGGUCACGUUGUUGACGAUGAAUUGCGGAAACGAACCAAGUAUCUGGCCCAUAUACCAUACGGCUGCGAAGUUGCCUUUCUCGAAUGCGAUUGGACUGAUACAGUCAGUCCAGAGGUACUAGAGAAAUUCAAGCCUGAGAUUGAGCGCCGUCGUAAGAAGAAUCAAGAAAAGGUCAACAGAGAAGAGAAGUCGCGUAUCAAGGCGGAGCGAGACGAAACAGAUCGCUACCGUCGUACGAAGCGACCGAGCUUCUCUAACAACCAAUUUUCUGUUGAUGACUUUGCACCACUGGUGUCUGCAUCCCCAGGUGGCACCAUAUUGUCUGAUGAUGCAGAGGCUCACAUGGAUUCAGCCUCUACAUCGCCGCCAUGGCCCAACCGCCGCAAUCAAGGUCAAGGAUCCUCGUUUGCAUCACUUGCAUCACCCUCAACAAGUCCGUCUACAAGCCGAACAGUCUGGGGCACAGCAGCGAUAGCCCCAAAAUCACCGGUACUUUACUCACGUGCAGAAGGCGAACAUGACGAUGGGUGGCUGCAGGAUUGGGAGCGAGACUUGCUUGAUAACGAUGACUUGACCGCACAAGUACAGGCUCUGAGCAUGGCAGGAGAUGGUGCAAGUCAAAGAACAGGCAACGGAGGUAUGGGAAAGAAGGGUAAGAAGAAGAAGAUCACACUGAUGAGUACGAAUGUGAGGAGAGGUGCGUAGGAUCGAAGUGUACGGACGAGCAGGCUGAGAUGAGCGAUUGAGCCACCAGCAUAGAGAGACGAGAAGACAUUGUGCAUUUUCAGCGAGCCCUGAAUUUAGUUACGGAUAGCGUUGUUUAUAGCCUGCGACCAUAUAUAUUUGAGGUUUUCCAA